AUGGCAAGCUUCUUCGACAUCAAGGCGCGCCAGGCCGCCGCGGCCGCCGCCAGCUCCUCCAAAACCCCCGCCUCAAAACCAGAGACGAACCGGCUGCAGCCUUGGGUCGAGAAAUACCGCCCCAAGUCCCUCGCCGAUGUCACCGCCCAAGAUCACACCAUCAACGUCCUCGAGCGCACGCUGCAGUCGUCCAACCUGCCGCACAUGCUAUUCUACGGCCCGCCGGGCACGGGCAAAACGAGCACGAUCCUGGCGCUCGCGAAGCAGCUGUACGGGCCGGAGCUAGUGAAGACACGGGUGCUGGAGCUCAACGCGUCGGACGAGCGCGGCAUCAGCAUUGUACGGGAAAAAGUCAAAAACUUUGCGCGGCAGCAGCUGAGCAACCCGCCGGCGGGGGCGGCGGGCAAGGCGUACCGCGACAAGUACCCGGUGCCGCCGUUCAAGAUCAUCGUGCUGGACGAGGCGGACAGCAUGACGCAGGACGCGCAGAGCGCGCUGCGCCGCACCAUGGAGACGUACUCGCGCAUCACGCGCUUCUGCCUCGUGUGCAACUACGUCACGCGCAUCAUCGACCCGCUCGCCAGCCGCUGCUCAAAGUUCCGCUUCAAGAGCCUCGAUGUGGCGAGCGCGGGCGCGCGGCUCGCGGACAUUGCGGCGCUCGAGGGCGUGCGUCUCGCUGAUGGGGCCGUCGACGCCCUCGUCCGCGUCAGCGACGGCGACUUGCGCAAGGCUAUCACGUUCCUGCAGAGCGCGGCGCGCCUCGUCGGCGCCACCAAGCCUGCUGUCCCUGCCCCUACCAAGGGCGCGCGCAAACGCGUGCUUGAAGACGACGAUGAUGCCGACAAAGACGGGGACGCCAUGGACGUCGACACCGCCGCCGCCAAAAAGCUCGCCGCAGACUCGUCCGGCCCUCCCGUUACCGUCGCCAUAGUCGAAGAGAUUGCGGGCGUCAUUCCGGGCCCGACGAUCGCGGCGCUGCUGGCAGCAAUGCAGCCGCGCAGCAGCAGCAGCAACAACAACGGCUCAACGUACGAGGGCGUGGCGCGCGUGGUCGAGGACAUGGUGGCGGACGGGUGGAGCGCGGGGCAAGUGGUGGGCCAGCUGUACGAGGCCGUCAUGUACGACGAGGGCGUGGCGGACCUGCACAAGAACGCGAUUGCGCUCGUGUUUUCCGAGACGGACAAGCGGCUGGCGGAUGGCGCCGACGAGCACUUGGAGAUUCUGGACUUGUGCUUGCGGGUUGCGGGCGUUUUGGCGGAGGAGUGAUGAUAAGUGGGUGAGGGGGUGAGGGUGGAGGUGGGGGUUUUAUGAGAUGCGAGGGGAAGUGAGUGGGCGAGGGAAUGAUGAUACCUAUGAUGUUUUAAUUUUGCUGUUAUUGCUGCUGAAGCCGCUGCAUUGCAGUGCACUGCACACACUCGGGCACGAGGUUGUACUAUCGAGUUUUCUUUCCAUGCUCGUAUGAUCUCUAUACUGCGCCUCU